AAUAAACGCCAGAGGCGGCGGCACCAGGAAAGCGAAGCCCUCUCCCUCUACAGUCUCUCCACGCGGGGCACAGAUCACCACUCGUCGCCGCCGCACCUCCACGCCGGUGGAUAUGGAGCGCGCCGGCUCCGGCGCCGGCGCCGCGCCGGGGGUCCCUGCGGCAGGGGAGGGCGCCGCGGCGGCGGCGGCGGCAGCGGCGACCCCGGUGGCAGGGGCAGGGGUGGUGAAGGGGAGGUCGUGCAAGGGCUGCCUCUUCUACUCGUCGGUGCUCAGGUCCAAAGGGCGCGGCCCCGUCUGCGUCGGCGUCACCCGCGGCAUCCCCCAAGUUCCUGAUCGUAUGGUUGGAGAAAUUGAGCUGGGAGCUAUCCAAGAAGGUCGCAACCUGUCCAACUUCAAAUAUGCAUGUGCUGGAUAUUCCAUAUACCUAGAUGACAAGGAUAGCUCUACAGUGAAGGGAGAGAAGCAUGCAGAGCUCCCUAUCUGUGUUGGAGUUGAGCUAUUGACAGACAGAGCUCCAACUAAACAAGCUCCAGCUCACGUGACUAAACAAGCUCCAGCUCACAUGAAAAAAGAUGCUACUCAAGCACAUGGGCACAAACCUGCGCUGACACAAGCCGAUUUCAUAACCAAAUUUCAGAGGAAUGCUGGGCUUGUGGCCAGUGGUGUGGUUAGGAACAUGAAUAAAGUUGGGACUUACGUCAAAGACACUGUGGAUGACAUCCUGUACCCAUACCGCAAGCGUCCCAAGUAAAACCCAGCUCUUGUUCUCCUUAAAUCCUGGAGUAGAAUAGAGAAAAAAUGUGGGAGCAUGUAACCUAUUACUUCAGGGGACACUAGCGUAGGAGUAGCCUUGCUUGGUUUCUGAGGCUCUGGCUGGGAUUUCGCUGUUUGUCAGUUGCCUAACGCUAGCAGGCUGUUGUAUGCCUGUUUUGCUUCUUAUCGUGUUUCCUUCGGUAGAGCCUCUCUGCUCCCCAACUUGCAAUGCCAUCUUCAUUCUGCUGGUUCCUCCAGCAAUGUAUGGGAUGCAAUGUAACAAAACUAUGAAAGAGCUCAUCUUUCGCCUAUUUGAGGCUAGCCUUUGGAGAAUAAUAAAUUAAUAAUAGGCUGCCAUUUUGGCUUCCUUUGCUGGAUUUA